CCCCGCCCCGCGCCGCUCCGCGCCGGCUCCGCCGCUCCGCAGCUCGCGCCUGCCCGGCGCCGGGCCAUGGCGCUACUGCAGAACGUGUCGCUGCAGGAUCCACGGGACCGCUUCGAGCUGCUGCAGCGCGUGGGGGCCGGGACCUAUGGCGACGUCUACAAGGCCCGCGACACGGUCACGUCCGAACUGGCCGCGGUCAAGAUAGUCAAGCUAGAUCCAGGGGACGACAUCAGUUCCCUCCAGCAGGAAAUCACCAUCCUGCGUGAGUGCCGCCACCCCAAUGUGGUGGCCUACAUUGGCAGCUACCUUAGGAAUGACCGCUUGUGGAUCUGCAUGGAGUUCUGCGGAGGGGGGUCCCUGCAGGAGAUUUACCACGCCACGGGGCCCCUGGAGGAACGGCAGAUUGCCUAUGUCUGCCGAGAGGCACUGAAGGGGCUGCACCACUUGCAUUCUCAGGGGAAGAUCCACCGAGACAUAAAGGGAGCCAACCUUCUCCUCACCCUCCAGGGAGAUGUCAAGCUGGCUGACUUUGGGGUGUCUGGUGAGCUGACGGCAUCUGUAGCUAAGAGGAGGUCUUUCAUUGGGACUCCGUACUGGAUGGCCCCAGAAGUGGCUGCUGUGGAGCGCAAAGGUGGCUACAAUGAGCUGUGUGACGUCUGGGCUCUGGGCAUCACCGCCAUCGAGCUGGGCGAGCUCCAGCCCCCUCUCUUCCACCUGCACCCCAUGAGGGCCUUGAUGCUUAUGUCAAAGAGCAGCUUCCAGCCGCCCAAGCUGAGAGACAAGAUGCGCUGGACCCAGAAUUUCCAUCACUUCCUCAAGCUUGCCUUGACCAAGAACCCCAAGAAGAGACCAACAGCAGAGAAGCUUCUCCAGCACCCGUUCACGACCCAGCAGCUCCCGCGGGCUCUCCUUACACAACUGUUGGACAAGGCCAAUGACCCCCACCUGGGAACCCCCUCCCCAGAAGACUGUGACCUGGAGACCCGCGACAUGUUUCCUGACACGAUUCACUCCCGGGGGCAGCACGGCCCGGCCGAGAGGACCCCCUCCGAGAUCCAGUUUCACCAGGUGAAAUUCGGCGCCCCACGCAGGAAGGAAACAGACCCACUGAAUGAGCCGUGGGAAGAGGAGUGGACGCUGCUGGGAAAGGAGGAGCUGAGCGGGAGCCUGCUGCAGUCAGUCCAGGAGGCCCUGGAGGAAAGGAGCCUGACCAUCCGGCCGGCCUUGGAACUCCAGGAGCUGGACUCCCCAGACGACACCAUAGGAACCAUCAAGAGGGCUCCCUUCUUGGGGUCCUCCCCCCCUGAGCCUCCAGCUGAGGACCUUCCAUCCAGCCUCCCAGGCCCUGACAGCCCCCCGCUGCUCUCCACCGCCUGGGCCACCAUGAAGCACCGGGAAGACCCCGAGAGGUCAUCCUGCCAUGGGCUCCCCCCGACCCCGAAGGUGCACAUGGGCGCCUGCUUCUCCAAGGUCUUCAAUGGCUGCCCCCUGCGGAUCCACGCUGCUGUCACCUGGAUUCACCCAGUCACCCGGGACCAGUUCCUGGUGGUGGGGGCCGAGGAAGGCAUCUACACCCUCAAUCUGCACGAACUGCAUGAGGAUACGCUGGAGAAGCUGAUCUCACCCCGCUGCGCCUGGCUCUACUGUGUGAACAACGUGCUGCUGUCACUCUCAGGGAAAUCCACGCACAUCUGGGCCCACGACCUCCCAGGCCUGUUUGAGCAGCGGCGACUACAGCAGCAGGUCCCCCUCUCCAUCCCUACCAACCGUCUCACCCAGCGUAUCAUCCCCAGGCGCUUUGCCCUGUCCACCAAGAUUCCCGACACCAAAGGCUGCCUGCAGUGUCGCGUGGUGCGGAACCCACACACGGGCAGCACCUUCCUGCUGGCCGCACUGCCCACCAGCCUGCUCCUGCUGCAGUGGUACGAGCCGCUCCAGAAGUUUCUUCUGCUGAAGGUGCGGGGUCGGGGAUGGAGUGAGGGGGGCGGAUCCCAGGGGCGGUGUGUGUGUGGCAGAGGGCGUGGGGGGGAGAAAUGGAGACCUGAGCACCCCUGCUGCCCCCAGAAUUUCUCCAGCCCCUUGCCCAGCCCAGCAGGGAUGCUGGAGCCCCUGGUGCUGGACGGGAAGGAGCUACCGCAGGUGUGCGUGGGGGCUGAGGGCCCGGAGGGGCCCGGCUGCCGUGUCCUCUUCCAUGUCCUGCCGCUGGAGGCUGGCCUGACCCCAGACAUCCUCAUACCACCCGACGGGCUCCCGGGCUCCGCCCAGCAGGUGAUCCAGGUGGACAGGGACACGGUCCUCGUCUGCUUUGACCGCUGCGUGAGGAUUGUCAACCUGCUGGGCGAGCCCACGGCCACCCUGGCACCUGUGCUGACCUUUGACUUCCCCAUUGAGACUGUGGUGUGUCUGCAGGACAGCGUGCUGGCCUUCUGGAGCCACGGGAUGCAAGGCCGCAGCCUGGACACCAAUGAGGUGACCCAGGAGAUCACAGACGAGACGCGGGUCUUCCGAGUGCUUGGGGCCCACAGAGACAUCAUCCUUGAAAGCAUCCCCACCGACAACCCGGGGGCCCACAGCAACCUCUACAUUCUCACGGGCCAUCAGAGCAGCUACUGAGCGAGGGGGCCGGCCUGGCCAGCGCCGCCCCCCCCCACCUGCCUGCCUGAGGCCUUAGCGGCAGUUCUUUUAGGCAGAGGGACCCCUCCCAGAUCAGAGGAGCCCAGGCCCCCCGGCUCUGCGGAUCUGAAGGACAGAAAUCCUGAGAAGAGUUUGGGGGGCUGGUGAGGGAGGGGCGCCUCCCCCACACCCACACCUCUGCAAUAACUGGACCAGAGGAAGCUGCUGUCAGCUCCCCCUGCCCUGCAGGCCGCCGGUCCCCGGUGCCCUGUGACAGGGGCCCAGGGGUCACCUGUGAAGGAAAAGGGCGGGCCCCGGACUAGCCAUUCCAUCUUGUUCCCCAUGUCCUUUCCCCUCUUCCUGCCAAGAGCCCGCCUCUGUGCUCUGUCUGGGGAACAUGGUAUUUAAGAGAGAAACUAUAUUGGUAUUAAAACUGGUUUCACUUUGU